AUGGAGUGCAACUAUCCCGAAACAUCGCCACACCAGAACCAAGCCGGGUUUGACCCGGGGAACCCGUCGAACCAUGAGGUGCUCCAACGACUGAAUCAUAUCGCCGGUUUGUUGGAGAAUUUCAAAUCCGAAGGCUCCAACAGCUCGACUCGCUCACUCAAAGAAGGAUUCUUUGAGUUGGCUAUGCAGAAUCCUAGCCCCGUAGCUGAUUCCUUGCCCGGGAGCAAUCCACCUAGUACCAGCACUGCCAGUAUCGAUGAUCGGGGAGUCGAUAAUGAUCCCCGAAUCCUGUACAUGGCUAGCUCCGGGGAGAACAUGCUCCGAUGGCCUAUUUACAACAAGGUCAUUACCGAAGCCGAAAAGCAUAUCCGAUCCUUUCUACUCGACUCACUGGAUAACCAGCCCCGCAGUAUGCAGGCACCCCGGCAGGUGGGGAUCGGAAGCUUUGUCGAUGAGAUCCCUAGACUUUGUAGGAAGUAUUUCCUGCUAUGCCAUCGAAGAAACCCAAUAGUUGAUCUAGACAAUCUAGAUCGUUAUGCCAAGGAGGUGACCGUCCAGGGUCUUGGAUGGGAUGGCCCUUCGUGUCAAGUGUUGCUAGCGUGCGCCUUAGCUUCCUGCACAUCAUCGAAGUUUGUUCCCCUGGCGGAGGACAUGCCAGCGAAUCUCGAUGGACUCCAAGCACCACCCUUGUCAGACGCCAAUCUCGAUUUGGCCGAGACAUAUUUCCACGCGGCAAAGCAGAGAUUCGGUUUCUUGCACACAUCUCCAACAGACAUUCAGUGCUUCUCUUCUUGCUGGAAGCUAUCACAGACAUGCCAUACGACCUCUGCAGGCUUGGUUCUGUUACCAGCAGGCGUCUUGCAGAUUAGAAGUUCGUUUGCGGUCGCUGUGUAG